CAAACCACCUCCAGCCGGGUCGGGGUCGGGGUCGGGGUCGGGGUCCGGGUCCCGAGCGUCGGCGGAGCCCCCGAAGUUUUUUCUUUGCAGAGCAAUAAUCGCAGGUCCCCGUCCCGGGGCGUCCGGAGCCCCUUCCCCCGGGAGGAAGGGGGACAGGAGCCGGAGCCGGACCGCCUGCAGGUACUGUGAUACAAUAGAUGUAAAUUGAAGAGAACCAGAAAGAACAAAUGGCUUUAGCUGGCUGCCCCGACUCGUUUCUACACCAUCCAUAUUACCAGGAAAAAGUGGACCAGACCCCGACUCAUAGUCAGAGAGAACUGGUGGAGCCUGGAUUCCAGGAAGGAACUAACCGAAUCUCCUUAAAUCACCAAGAUGAUGACGUGGACCUAGAAGCUUUGGUCAAUGACAUGAAUUCCUCUUUGGAAAGCCUAUACUCUGCCUGCAGCCGGCAGUCGGAGACAGCACCGCUCCUUCAGAACGGUCAGCACGGCCGGGGUCAACUGGUCACCUCAGGAUUCACCUCCCUGCAGCAGGUAUCUCCGAGGCAGAAGGUGCAGCGAUCUCAGCCCAUGCACAUCCUAGCCGUCAGACGCCUUCAAGAAGAGGAUCAGCAGUUUAGGACAUCAUCCCUGCCGGCGAUACCGAAUCCAUUUCCGGAACUCUGCAGCCCAGCCAAUUCUCCUGUUUUGACCCCAGGCUCCUUACCUCAGAACCAACCUGCUAGCAAGCGCGAUGUUAAAGUCUUUAGUGAAGAUGGGACAAGCAAAGUGGUGGAGAUUCUAGCAGACAUGACAGCCAGGGACCUCUGCCAGCUGCUCGUUUACAAAAGUCAUUGUGUGGAUGACAACAGCUGGACCCUAGUGGAGCAUCACCUUCACCUAGGAUUAGAAAGGUGCUUGGAAGAUCACGAACUGGUUGUUCAAGUGGAAAACUCGAUGGGAAGUGAAAGUAAAUUUUUAUUCCGGAAGAAUUAUGCAAAGUAUGAGUUCUUUAAAAAUCCUAUGAAUUUUUUUCCAGAACAGAUGGUCGCAUGGUGUCAGCAAUCAAAUGGUAGUAUUCCCCAAACUCAGCUCUUGCAGAAUUUUUUAAACUCCAAUAGUUGUCCUGAAAUUCAAGGGUUUUUGCAUGUGAAAGAACUCGGAAGGAAAUCGUGGAAGAAAUUGUAUGUGUGUUUGCGAAGAUCAGGACUUUACUGCUCCACAAAAGGAACUUCAAAGGAGCCAAGACAUCUGCAGAUGUUGGCUGACCUAGAAGACAGUAAUAUCUUCUCACUGAUAGCAGGCAAGAAGCAGUAUAAUGCGCCUACGGACUUCGGGUUUUGUAUAAAGCCAAACCGCAUAAGAAAUGAAAUGAAAGAACUGAGAUUGUUAUGUGCUGAGGAUGAACAGAGUAGAACAUGCUGGAUGACGGCAUUUAGGCUCCUCAAGUUUGGGUUACUCCUCUACCAGAACUAUCGGAUUCCCCAGCAGAGGAAAGCCUUGCUCUCCCACUUCUCAGCUCCUGUGCGCAGCGUGUCAGAAAACUCCCUCGUAGCAAUGGAUUUUUCCGGACAAAUAGGAAGAGUGAUUGAGAACCCCGCGGAAGCCCAAAGUGCGGCUUUGGAAGAGGGCCAUGCUUGGAGGAAAAGAAGCACAAGGAUGAAUAUCUUAGGCAGCCAGAGCCCUCUCCAUCCAUCUACAUUAAGUACAGUGAUCCAUAAGACACAACAUUGGUUCCACGGCAGGAUCUCCAGAGAAGAAUCUCACAGGAUUAUUAAACAGCAGGGGCUUGUGGACGGGCUAUUCCUCCUCCGUGACAGCCAGAGCAAUCCAAAGGCAUUUGUGCUCACACUGUGUCAUCACCAGAAAAUCAAACAUUUCCAGAUCUUACCUUGUGAGGACGAUGGGCAGAUGUUCUUCAGCCUCGAUGAUGGGAAUACCAAAUUCACCGACCUAAUUCAGCUUGUCGAAUUCUACCAGCUAAACAAAGGAGUUUUGCCCUGCAAACUCAAACACCACUGUAUCCGCGUGGCCUUAUGACCUUCGAUUUGCCUGUGGGCCGAAGACUGGAUUUGCUAGAAGAGUAGCUGAAAGAAAGUUAACACUGGAACGACUGGCGGAUCUGUAAACUGGUUUAAAUAUAUUCUGCACCUUGAGACUCUGAAAGGGAUGGAUUCAACUGGUGCCGACAGACCGAGAUCAACUGGUUUGUCCGACAUGUAAGGGUGGUUUGCUGCUGAGCAACCCAGCGUAUCCCACCCUGAAGAUGAGGGAGGGUGUGAAAAACCAGGCGCAAAUUGAAAGCUAAACUGGAUGGGUCGUCUUGGCUGGGCCACUUAACAGGAACAAGUUCUGAAGAGGAAGGAUUUGAAAUGGACACUUGCCCUGGAAUAAUCUUGAUAAUUAAGACUGGUGUGUUUACUUUUUUUGUAUUGAUCACUUUUUUUUUUUUUGCACUCCUACUUUGUUUUGGAUCUUGUAUGCAGCCUAUUUUAGGAGCUGAUUGUGGAGUUGGGUAUUCAUUUGAAACCUUUAAAUCAAUGACCUGUGUCACCCUGCCAGAAUUAAAAAAAAACAAAAAACAAAAAACAGAAGUACACGUCUCAAAAUUCCAGAAAAGAUAGAGCUCCAAAACUGCAAAACAGCCUGUUGUUAUUUUGUUGUUUUAAUUUUGACCUAUAGUAAAAUGGCAGUAGGAUAGUAGGUUUGUGGCAUGAUUAAGGCACCUAGCCAACUAAGAAAAGUCUAUUGAAAUCAUUUUCUAUGCACAAACAAUUGGAUCCUGUAUUGUUGGCACGUGUAUUUUUUCCCCUGACCCAUUUUCCUUACAAAAUCUACUCUUCAAACAAUAGACUGGGGCCGGAUAAACCACACUUUUUUUUUCCUCCAAUGGGGUCAAGGCUGGUUGGAUCUCAUGAAAAACUAUCUAGUCUUCCUACCAGCAUUCCCAGUAAAAUAAAUGAUUUCUGUGGUCGGUUGCUUUUAUUUUCUCUAGCUCCAGAUCUACGUAGUAUCCAACCUGUGCGAGAAUCACUGUCAUGAUUAUUUCACGACGCUGAGGGAGUCCAAACUCACUCAGUGGGACGGUGUUGCAGUGAAGAGAAAAUGGUGCCUCUUGGUGAGAAACGUUGAAACCAAAUCGAGAUCGACCUGGUAUCCGCAAGGUUGUGGGUAUCGUGACCUCAGUCCUGCUGUGAAAAACCAUGGAUGCCAACCCACUGCAAGCCAAAUAAUCGUCUACUUUCCUACUGGCUUAUUGUCAGAGUUACUUUGUCCAUGCUUAAAGAGAAUAUUUACUAUUUACUCAGUUUCCUUUUCUCUUCUGCUAGUCCCAGUAUUAAAGUUGAAAGUUGGUGGCUUCUGUCUUGCCGGUGGUAGCCACCCCCCACCCACCCACCUUCGAAGCCCUCAGAACAAGCCACUCUUCACCCACACGGUCACAGAGCGGUGGCCACUUAAUCUUCCAUCGCCCCCUCGAAGACACACGCCGUGCCGUUUGUACAGAGCAGAGAAUACUUCCUUGAAAGUUUUCAGACUACUACAGUGAACAAAAUAGCUUUCUUUCCAUAUAGCAAUGAUAACUGUAGCUGGCUCAGCGCUGUGAUGUUGGCCAGUGGAUUUCCUGAAAUCCUAUCUUCUAAAGGGCUACUGAAGGAGAAAUAGCGAUGCCCUUUGGUGUUCAUGUACAGCGUGGAGAGGAGUUUAAGCCAAAACUACAACAUGCUUGAGUAAUACAUAUCAGCUGUAAUUAUGUCAAUGGUCUAGAAACACUGUAUUUUAGUUUACAGGUCCAGUUGUCUUUUUCCAUGCAUUGUCUACAUAAACAACUAGGUUUAUAGUACGUCUUUUUUUUAACUGUACAUACUGAAUUGGGUUUUCCAGCUUUUGAGUCUGUUAAUCCUUGAACACUGAAAAGUAAGCUAAUAAGACAAAUCUCAGACUUCUCUCUGCAUGCUUACGUUUGGCCUCCCUUGAGGGUGGGGGUGGGGGGGAGGGAUCGGGGAGGUACUAGGUGAAUGACAUUUUCCGCUUCACUGAUUUCAAAUCAGACCAUUUUGGUCACUGGGUUUUAUCCUGUUUACAUCCAUAGAAGACUAGCGUCAAUGAUGCGUAUUCCCAGAAGACAGGUAGCAUUUGCAGUGUUUCAUAUUUAUAAAACGUACAUUUUAUUUAAACCGAGAAUCAACGUUUGACUCUGGAUCAUGAUUUUGUAUGUAGAUGGUUGACUUAGUUCUUUUGUACUUUCCCAGCGAGAGUGAACUGUUGAGAAAGUGAAUUCCAUCAGAGAGGCAGCCAGAACCCUUUGACCAGUUCACAUCCCCACUGUCUUUUCUGCUGGAUAACGGAAAACUCCAUCCAAACAAAACCAGUAGAAAAGCUGGCUGCCAGCUUAGGAAACCAAGGACUGAAGGACAUUUGACUUUUAUUUUUGUAUUUCAAUGACAUGAAUGUAAAGGAGAUGCUCAGGGUUGUUGAGGAGCCUGUUGAAUUUUUAUCUUUGCCUGUGAUUUUUAUUUUCUAAAAUAAAUACUUCAUGUAGCAAUCUUGAAUAUGUGGAGAAGGAAAAUGCCAAACGGUUUUGGUAAUCAAGUGAGACGUUCUGUUACGAUAGGUGUUACAGUUCAGAAACCUUUUUUAUUUGUUAAUCCUUGAAGAAACACGUGCCUCAGUUUAGAUGUUUUGUCUUAUCUUUUCUGCACUAAAUACCUGACAGUUUGACCAAUCAAUGCACCUUUCCAGUGGCAAGACUUGCUUAUCGUAAAUUAUAUUGUCACAAUGCAAGAUGUAGUGACUGUAAAGUGGAAAAAAAAAUUAAAAAUUUUCAGGGAAUGCAAAAGGUAUUAACUUAAGAGACAAAGCCUUUAUUCAAUAUGCUUUGCUUCAUUCUGUAAAUAGCUUUUUGGCUCGUGAACCUAAUUGUAAUCUUUCAGGUAUUUUUGUACAAAUAAGGGACUGAUAUUCUGUUUCUUGUAAUUAGAAAUAAACAUUAAUACAGCAUUAUUCAUUUUA